GCCCCCAUUUUUUUGGGUCAAAUUUUUGGACGCACUCCGGACGAUCAGAGUUAAAUGUAGCUCAGAAACAGCGCAUUUUGAAGAAUUACAAAAGCCACUGGACUACGCUGAGAAAAUGUAAUAGCUUGGGCCUGCGACCGAAUUCAAGAAUUCCACUGGAGACCAGAUUUUCUAGAAGACGACCCCAUGGACUGCCACCAUCGCAUUGAGGUGCCCCUGCGGGCCGGAAAGAAAAUGAAGAAGCGUCGGGAGCUGGACGCCCUGAUAGCCUCCCAGUCGUCCUCGGGCAAGAGAGCCAACCGGAGAGUCCCCGGAGCCACCAACUCCCAGGACAAGCUGCUCUCCGUCUCGACCGACGACCCUGAGGAUUACGCAUGGACAAAUGUCGCUGGUAGUCGCCGCAGCCAUCGAAAAAUAGCCUAUUUCCGCAUGUGCGGCCCGCUUUUAUUAGGCAUUAUGGGCGUUCUGAUUGUGGGCAUUUUGUACUGGCUCUACUUCGAUCUGCGCCAGCAACUCACCGACUAUCGCCAGAAGAUCGAAGAGGUGUCUGCCAUGAGCAAGAACUUCCCGGACACCCUCCAAAGAUGGCACGAGACUUCGUCUUACCUGCUGAAAAACCAAACAGCCGUCAUUUCGGAAAUAAAUGACCUGCAAAAAUCUAUGGAGAGCCUGCGGAAUAACUUUAGCAAUCUGGAGGCGGCCGUGGCAGCGCAGAGAAACCACGGACAGGACGAGAAGUUGGUGGCUGACUUCGGGGCCAAGAUAGAAGCCGUGGCCACCGACAUAGAGGCCGUCAAGGAGCACUACAACAAGUACACCGAGGUGCAGAAAACACUGCAGGCCGACACAGAAGCCUUAAAGCUCAAUCUCUCGCAACUGCCCACGCUUCAGUCCAACGCUUUGCCUGCAAACUUAUCGGAUGAUAUUGCUGCGCUGAACAAAACCACUUUAAGUUCCCUUAAACUACUGGCCAACGAUCUGAAGAAUGUGAACAAUACCCUAAGUCAAACAACGAAAAUCCUCAGCGAGGAAAUAUCUUUGCACAAGACGAAAAUAGACGACCUACUGGAUCGAUCUGAAAACAUAACGUCCCAUGUGGCCACAAUAAGUAACAGUUGGCCGGAAUAUAAGCAGAAAGUAACCAGUUUCGAUGAGUCUUUAGAGAAAAUUGAAAAAGAGAUAACGCUGGCAAACAACAAGAAUAAUAUGCUGGCUGCCUCCGUGGAUCAGCUGAAGAACUUUUGCAUUCAGAGCAUGGGAAAUAUUAAAGCUGCCAGCAGCGAAGACGACCCCGUAGUUCCCAAGCCCGAAGCGAUUGCCGCCAAGCAGGAAGUCAUAAAGCCGUCUGCAAAUGCCACAGUGAAGCUCCAGGAAUCCCUGAAGCUGUAAGCUGCUGCAUUGCCAAGUGAUGCCCGUUGUAUUACCAAAUUUGUUCGAUUCCGUAUUUAGCCAUUAAGACCUCAUGGGUUCCAUGUGUCGGAGUUACAGCCAACGAUAACUAAAUUACAUUUACAUUUAUUCACACGAAAACUGCAAUGUACAUAUGGUUCGAAGAGCUAUUUAACUUAAUGACGAUUUAUAGGAUGACGAUGUGCACGUGUGAUUUCAGUUAAGCAGUUAAGUUUACUUUUAAAGUCCGUUUAGAAAGAGUAAAUGUACAUAAGGGAGCGAAGUAAGUGUAAGUCCAACUUUAUUCACUUUAGAUACACGAUAUGUAUUUUAUUUGCAAGUAAUAAAUCAAACUAAAGC